CAUCUUGUUGUGUUUUGUAUGUACCACUUGCAAAUGAUUAGGUGGUGGUUGGUUAUCCAGAUGUGUUUAUGUAAAUGCCCUUGCAGACGCAUACAUUCAGGUCUCAACUUGUUUUCCCUUUUUCCUCCGACUCCAAAAAUCAUCAAACAACUUCCUUGACUUCGAAAACAAUAUGUCAGAGACCAAGCCAACAGACUCGGAGCCCAUCCAAUCUCCAACGAUCGACUCAGCAGUAGCCCGACUGGAUGAAGCAUCCUACCAGGAUGGGAUACAGGAACGACAGGCCAUCCUGGAGGCACAAGCGAUCGAAGGCGCCAAGGACGAGUCGGUCUGGCAGGCAGAGAACGAAGAACUAUUGACCGAAUUCAAAGAAGGCGCAGAGGAACUCGAACUCUCUCAUUCACGAAUCAGGACCCUGCGAGGAUUUGAGCGACAUUUGGAGCGAUUGGCCCCCUCGUUAAAGCGGAUCAACCUGCGCCAGAACCUGAUCAACCAACUCAAGUUCAACCCUCGAAUCGAAAGCAAAGCCACCCCACCCGAAAUUAAGGAUAAUCAGCCACCUGAAAGCUCGCAAGAUGAAACCCCGGACCAAAUACUUCUAGAGGUCAUCGCACCCUUUGGACAUUUAGAAGGAUUAGAGGAACUGGAUUUGUACGAUAAUCAGAUCGCGAAGAUCGAGGGUCUUGAAAACUUGCACAACCUAAAGACCUUGGAUUUUAGCUUCAACCUGAUCAGACGGAUCGAAAACCUCGACUCAUUGCGCUCAUUGACGACCCUCUACCUGAUCCAAAAUAAGAUCUCGCAGAUCGAGGCCCUCGAUAAUCUGGCGAACACGCUCACGAGUUUGGAACUUGGAAGUAAUCGAAUCCGACAAAUCACCAACUUGGCUUGUUUGACCAACUUGACUGAACUAUGGUUAGGCCGGAACAAGAUCUCCAAACUCGAAGGAUUGGAUGCGCUCGUCAACCUCCGAAGUCUUUCGAUACAAUCCAACCGGAUCGUUAAAUUGGAAGGCUUGGAGAAUUUGGUCGGUUUGGAGGAGUUGUAUAUCAGCCAUAACGGACUGACUUCGAUAGGAGAAGGCCUCUCUACAAAUAAAAAACUUCGGGUUUUGGACGUUGGGGCGAAUGAGAUUAAUGACAUGAGCGGGAUCGAGGGUCUUAGUCAAUUAGAAGAACUCUGGGCAAAUAACAACAAGCUGACAGUCGCCGGAUGGAGUGCGAUCGAAGGCAGUCUAUCUCAAAGUAAUAUGGCUAAUCUGCAGACCGUCUAUCUCGAAGGUAACCCUCUGCAACUCGAAAUGGGCGCUAAUUAUCGCAGGAAAAUCAUGCUUGCUUGUCCCCAACUGAUCCAAAUCGACGCGACAUUUGUUAAAACUCAAUAGUGUUCACAUUUAAAUUCAAAAAAAAAAAAAAGACAAGAGCAAGAGCAAACCAGAAUGAAAUACAUCAUAGGCCAGAUAAUAACUGGGCAUCAGUAAGAUCACAAACGAGGGAGGAGGAGGGGGGGGGGGGGGACGA